AUGCCACAUUCAGAGCUUGAGCACAGCGAAGUCCACGGCCCGCCUCUUCCAACACAGGUCCGCUCCGCUUGGGACCUUUUUGAGCAGACGGUGCGGGAGCAUCCGGACAAUCUUGCACUUGCAAGUGUUGGCCAACCACAUGAUUUGUUUGAUAUCCAGAGCAUCCCACUCUGCGCAAGUGAAAAACAGGCGCAAUAUUUGAGAUGGACAUUCAAGGAUUUGAGGGCCGGAAUUGCUCGUCUCGUUGCGGGCUUGAACGCCUCGGGCGUUAAGCACGGCGAUCUCAUUUUCACCUUCCUGCAAAAUGGUGCGGAAUUCGUUCUCACAAAAUGGGCCGCGUAUGAGAUGGGAUGCGUCCUCGUCCCCCUCAAUCCUCGCAACUUGGACAACGAGAUUGAGUUGAGGUCGAUGGUCCAGACUGCAUUCUUGGCCGGGCAAUCCAAAGCAUCCGUCGUAAUAGCCGGAACACAGGACAUAAGUAAAAGAAUCGAUUCUUUAGAGUAUUUGAGCCAGGCCAUCAAAGUCGUCGUGGGCAAUUCGGCAGUGAACGGCGGUUGGGUUACAUUCUCGAGCCUGAUGAAAGUGCGAAGUCAGAAAACGAACGGUCGCUGGCAAGAUAAUGGGAUGGCUUGGAAAAAUAGCGGUACGGUGUUGUUCACGAGCGGAACGACAAGUCUUCCCAAAGGUGUCCUCCAUCGCUACUCUGAUUAUUCCCACCACCUUGAGGGCAUCAAAAUGCUUCCAGAUCAAGGGGGACUUCCGCCUAACUCCAAGUGCUGCUGCGUGCUUCCGAACAACCAUCUCCUAGCAUUUUACAGCCACUGGAACGCCUACGCCUGGGGAGCAGCGUGGAUAUUCCCCGGCCCGGUAUUUCAGCCUGAUGAGAUGCUCACGACAUUGCGCAGGGAGCGAAUUACGCAUAUUGAUCUGGUACCCACUAUGCUGCACGCACUACUUGGUGCAGAAGGCUUACAGGAGGGCCCACUGGAGGACCUGGACUCUGUCGUCUACGCUGGGGCGGUCGUGUCUCCUGACACGAUCAGACUUACCACGGAUAUUCUGGGAGCCAACAGCGCUGAGGCGCUCUUCGGCAUGACGGAAGGUCCGGUAAUCAGGGGCGUCCCUUCGGACAAGAUCAACGCAUCUCGCGUCUCUGAUGGAGGAGUUGUCCCCGUCGGCUGGGCUGGGCCGGGCCACGCAUUUCGAGUCGCUGACCCCGAGACCAACGAAGUUGUGCCUGUGCGGCAAUUGGGAGAGCUCCAGGCCUCUGGUCCUGCCAUCGCGCACUAUGUCGGCGACACCGGUCAGAGCAGCUUCUACAUCGACUCUAAAGGCCGCAGGUGGCUGAAGACAGGGGACCAAGCCAAGGUCAACGAGGAAGGUUGCAUUUUCAUUACAGGUCGAUACAAAGACAUGAUUAUUCGUGGCGGGGAAAACAUCUCCCCGACAGCUAUCGAAACAACUAUCCGCAGAAACCCAAAGCUUGCGCGCCUUGAUCCUCAAGUCGUUGGAUUUCCAGAUCAAAUAGCCGGCGAGGUCCCCGUGGUUGUGGUCAGCUGCAGAGAGCUCAACGCAGACACCCGUGAACUUAUUCGGGCGACAGUGGCUAACGAUAUGGGGACAAUGUAUGCCCCGGCCGAGGUGUUAUCGUUGGGCCAGCUUGGCGUAACUGACUAUCCGCGGACUAUGUCCGGGAAGAUCCAAAAGGUGAAGCUAGCAAGCCUGGUGCGAAAGCAUCUCGAGCACCUAGAGCUUCCAGAGACACACUCGAAGACUGAUGAUGGCGAUGCAGCUCUGGCUGCAGCUGUAAAGGAGAUUUGGGCGAGGGCCACCGGACAGGAUGUCUCCCGCAUCCCCUUGGAUGCUCCCAUUUCCACCUUCGCGGACAGUAUCCUCAUCAUAAGGGUGCGUGGGAAAAUCAGAACCAAGACAGGGAGGACUUUGUCCAUGGCAGAGAUGAACAGUGCCAGUACCAUCGCUGGGCAGAUCGAACUGCUCAAAACCAAACAUUCUGUCAACGCUCCAAGCCCUAUUGCAGUUGCUGGCAGAAAGAGGAAGCGGGUUGAGCCUCCGAAGAUAGAAGACAUGGUACACGUCGCCAAGGACCCAAGCCUUUUCACAGCUACCAAGGAGCUGGUAUCCAAAACCUUGGCUCCCCACGGAUUGGAUUGGGAUGACGUGGAAGCAGUGUUCCCGUGCCACGAUCACUUGAAUGUUUUCCAGAGGGUCAUCGAUCCCUUGGGCAUCAACACUGGACUUUUGGCCCACAAGGCCAGCAAGGCUCAACUGCGAGCAGCCAUUGAGAAGACAUUGGCAAACAACCGCUUGAUUGGUUCGUUUGUGAUGCCGACUGUUGCGCCUUCUGGUGCCUCUAAAGACGAAUAUCUACACGUCGUGAUCCGUCCCGGCCAAAAGCUCUUCAACCUGAUUUUCGAAGACGGCGGGAAUGUAAAGACCAGAAAUGACCUGAGGGAACAAAUCCCAAUCUACCCAAACAAUACCAGAUGUCAGCGCCCUGGCCCCCUGGCCAAAGUCAGGCUCUUUUCCAUCGAUGACACCGGCACGGGCGGAGCCAUCCUUGCCACGCACCACACCAUCGUCGACGCGUUCAUGGUCCAGCUGCUCUGCGACGACCUCGAGAAGUGCCUCGCCUCAGCAGACCAGCCCCUCCGGCAACACGUCGACUUCAAGCUCUGGUCCGACAGCUACUACAGCCUGCGCACCUCGCCCGAGGCGUCAGCAGCAGUUGAAUGGCACGCCUCGCGCCUGCGCAGCCUCCCCUCACUGGAAGCCACCAUCUGGCCCGGCAUGCCGCCCCAGGAGGUAACCGAGGGCGGGGCCAUGGUGCGGCGGGUCUUCGACGCCCCCGGGAUCAAGCGCCUGCGCACCGACCACGGGCUCAUGCCUGCCACGGUGCUCAAGACGGCGCAGGCGCUGCUCAACGUCCACCGCACGGGCAGGGCGCACGCCGUCUUCUCCAACUUCGAGGCGUGCCGCGGCGGGUUCCCGUUCCUGCCGCGGAGCAUGGAGGCCCUGGGCCACUUCGACGCCGCGGACGUGUCCGGCCCCACGUUCACGAGCGUGAUCAACGUGCUCGAGGUGCUCAAGCCCGGCGAGGGCGCGCUUGGGCUGUUGCGGCGCGUGCAGGAGGACCAGGAGGAGCUGACUAGGUAUGCUGCGGCUCCGGCGCAGUUGAUCAGGGAUGCGCUGGGGCCGAAGCGUCAUCUGAUGGAGGAGAUUGUGCGGAGCCAGUGGUUUAACUGGUCUCCUGGUGUCGGGGCGUCGAUUGGUGACCCGUAUGAGAAUAUCGAGGUGCUCAACCACAACCCGACCGAGAGCUCGGCCAGGGGGGUGGGCUUGGGGGUGAGGGCGGGUGUGGGAGGUCCGGACGGCAUUACAUAUGUGGUCAUAGUCCGGACGGCGAUUCUGGACGAGAAAGAAGCAGGGCGCAUAGCAGAAGAGUUGGAAAGGCUUACACUGUGGCUAGUUAGUCCGGAAAACGAAGACAAGCCAGUGGAACAGGUUCUCAAAACUCUUUAA